AUGCGAGGCGUCACUAUUCUUGUGCUCGCUGCGGCCAGCCUGGUCUCCGGCGCCGUCCUGCCGAGAGACCCUGCUGCUGACCUUGUUGUCCGCGGUGGUGAAGGCGGCGGAGGCGGCGGUGGACAUGGAGGAGGCCAUGAAGGAGGCCACGGAGGUGGAGGUGGUGGCGGAGGAGGCCAUCAUACUACUCCCCCGGAAACUACUCCAUGCGAAACUGAGACUCCACCGCCAGAGACAACCACUCCCUGCGAGACUACCACUCCGCCACCGGAGACAACCACUCCAUGCGAGACUACCACUCCGCCACCGGAGACAACCACUCCAUGCGAGACUACCACUCCACCGCCAGAGACAACCACUCCCUGCGAGACUACCACUCCGCCACCGGAGACAACCACUCCCUGCGAGACGACGACUCCACCACCGGAGACAACCACUCCCUGCGAGACUACCACUCCACCGCCAGAGACAACCACUCCCUGCGAGACUACCACCCCGCCACCGGAGACAACCACUCCCUGCGAGACGACGACUCCACCACCGGAGACAACCACUCCCUGCGAGACUACCACUCCAACCUCACCACCCCCAGAGACGAGCACACCUUGCGAGACCACUACUCCAACCUCGCCACCCCCAGAGACGAGCACACCUUGCGAGACUACCACUCCAACCUCACCACCCCCAGAGACGAGCACACCUUGCGAGACUACCACUCCAACCUCACCACCCCCAGAGACGAGCACACCUUGCGAGACCACUACUCCAACCUCGCCACCCCCAGAGACGAGCACACCUUGCGAAACCAGUACUCCAGGCUCUCCACCGCCGCCUCCACCCACAUCUACCCCGUGCGAAACUACCACCCCAAGCUCGCCUCAUACUACUAGCACUAUCACGAUUACUUACGUCACUACCACCUGCCCUCCAGUGACAUGGACAGUGAUCACAAGCGGAUCUGGCACUGUGACUCAUCCGGUAACUCCAACAAGCACGAUUACUGUGACUUCGGUUAUCACUUGCUCUGAGGGAUGCCCCACAAGUCUGCCGGGCACAAGCGUUGUUGUUCCCUCCACCAGUGUGGCUCCCACUACUGUUCCGGUGACGGGUGUCUCUCCAGCACACUCUUCAUCGGCUCACUCGUCUGCACCUGCUGCUACCACUAGUCCUGCAUUCAAUGGGGCGACUUCUCAGUUCCAGAUGUCUAUGGCCGGUUUCCUCCCAGGAUUGGCCGUAAUUCUGGCUCUGAUCUGA